AUGUUAGAGGGGAAAAAACUGAAGAGGGAUUAGAUUAGGAUUUUCUAAAAGCUAAGAGGAAAUUUCAAGAGAAUUGAUGGCUAAUAACUUCAAGAAUAAUAUUUCGAUAAUCAUCAUCAAAAUGUAGAUUCGAUACUACAAAUCGACAUAAUGGAUCAGGACGAUAGCUCUUGCAAUCUAAUGUAUAGAAAUUAAGACUUAAAUGAAGGUGAUAUUAAUUUAAAUAAUUUGACUUAAAAGGAUGAGUCAUCUCAAGCAAAUUAAAAUUCAGAAUAAAUUUCCGAAAAUGGUAUUGAUAUCUAAUAAUUUGAUGAUGAGUUAGAAAGAUAAAUUUAACUAGAUAGUAUUUAUUCUGAGAUUGAUAGCCCAGAGAUGAUUGGAGGGAUUAAAAAAAUUGAGGAAUAAUUGAAUAAUGGCUGGGAUAAUUAGUUUGAGAAGAAUAUUAUUCUCAUAAAAAAACAAUCUCAGAACUUUGAUAAAUUGAUGCUAAUUGAGGAAGAUUUACUCUAAAAUUAGAGACCUUAAUCUUAAAACGUAUAAUUAAUUAACACUAAAAUUUUUGAGGAAUGA